AAAACAAGAAAACGACCAAACUCAUUUACACAUUUAUUUAUAAUACUUCAACUACCUGUCUUCCCUCAUUAGUGGACCGAACAGCUCGUGUUUCAGAUUUUAUCUUCUUUAUAUCCAUAUGUAGUGUUUAGUUUUUUAUCUGGUCUCUGAUAUUAUUAUCAAAAAUAAGUAAUCAUGUCGAUCCUGGAUUCCUUCUUCGACAAAGGCUUUAAAGCUGCCAAAUGUAAAACCUUACUGAAGUUGACAAUACCCCGGAUAAAGCUGUUGAGGAACAGGAGAGAGAUUGAGAUAAAGCAAAUGCGCCGCAACAUUGCUAAGCUUCUUGAGACUGGUCAAGAAGCUACUUCUCGCAUUCGGGUGGAGAAUAUUAUAAGAGAGGAGAAUAUGAUGGCUGCUCAAGAGAUCAUUGAAUUGUUCUGUGAGCUUAUUACUGUGCGCCUUCCAAUUAUCGAAACACAAAGGGAAUGUCCUUUAGACUUAAAAGAAGCAAUAUCCAGUGUCUGUUUUGCUGCACCAAGAUGUGGAGAUCUACCCGAGCUGCUGCAGGUUCAAACCCUAUUUGCUUUCAAAUAUGGAAAGGAAUUUGUAGCUGCUGCAACAGAGCUUAGGCCAGCUUGUGGUGUUAAUCGCCAGUUAAUACAACUCCUUUCAGUUUGUGCGCCUUCACCUGAAGCAAAGCUGAAGCUUUUGAAGGAAAUUGCUGAAGAGCAUGAGUUAGACUGGGACCCAGGUGCAUCUGAAACCGAGCUUUUAAAAAAGAAUGAAGAUUUAUUGAAUGGUCCAACAGAUAUCAGUGAUCCAACACAUCUCACGAUAUUGCCUCUUCCAAAAGAGGAGCAUGAUGAAGUACUUAUCACUCCUGAUCUUGCCAAGCAUGAACAGUCUGAUUCUGAUACAGGCUUUGACCCAUUAGAUUUUCCUGAAGCUCCUGAGGUGUCACUGUUGCCAGGUGCAAAUUCUGCCUCGGCAUCAGGGAUAGUACCACCUACACAAGCUGCUCUACACCCUGACAUUGAUCAUGAAUCAUCAAAUCACUAUAUGACUAACAAAGAUCUAUCACAAGAACCUCAUAUUGUACAUCAGGAUGUGAUUGAAGAAAAGUCAGCAGCUACCAGGGAUGAAAUUUCAAGCACCGCGGCAAGUGCCAGGGAAGAAAGACAGUUUCUGUCAUCCAUUUCUCCCCCUUCACUAUCCUCUCCAUCAUUUUCAUCGCCACCCUCUGCACCGAGUACCAAAAGUGAGGUCAAUGUGGAUCUGCAGAAUGUUUCAGCUACUGUGGAGACUGCUGAGCGUGCAACAAUACCAAACUCUUCACCACCCCAUGUAACGAGGACCGGAACUGAGGCUAAUGUGGAUCUUCAAGAUGUUUUAGCUGCAGCACAUGCUGCUGCUGAGACUGCUGAACAUGCAGCAGCAGCAGCUCGUGCAGCAGCAACUCUUGCACAGGCAAGGAUUAGUGAGCUAACCAAGAAAAACAGUGAGAGGUUACAUGAGAGUGGCUAUGAUAACCCCUUUUUUGUGGAUACUCCUGAUCUAUCAGCUUCUGCUGAUAAGACACCUUUUGUUCACCAACAUUCUUUUGGUGAAGGGGAUAGUGUUCCAAGUUAUAAAGACUUCCAUCAACUUCAUGAGGGCCACCAGGCAUCAGAGUUGUUGGAUAUUCCUUCCUUUGAGAAACUUGAAGUGUAUUAUGAUUCUCCUCGUAGUGAUCAUGUUGUUGAGCAAGGGUCUGUUAGUCCCCAGCCACAGAGAUUGCCUUCAAUGGAUGAUGAGCCAUACUUCUCAUACCCAAAUUUGUUCGCAUCACAGAACUCAAAUCUUAGAUGAAGUGCUCUAUCUGCUACAGAUCAUUCCAAUUCAAUCCAUGACGUUUGAUUUUUGGGUCCUGUGCAUUGGUUUGUGGAGAGUUGACUUAGUGCUGUGCAGUCAUCGAUGCAAUUUGGGGUGAGCCAUUUUCGUUGUUAUUUGUAGAGUACAAGGUUACUAGUUGUUACAUGUUCAAUGAGGCUUUAUCAUUAGGAAAUUUCAACUGCUUAUUGUAGUAGAGAAGCCAUCUCAGAUGAUUUGUGUGUUUUGUGUUCUGCGUUGAUCAAUUAUAGGAUUCAUGUAAAAGAAACCUUAUUCUGUCGCAGGUAAUGAAGUUCAUCUUUCCUUGAAUUUUGACA